UAGUUUAGGGACCACAUUGUCAAUUAACUCAUUAUAAAUGCUCCAGUAUUUAGCAAGCGGCCAUAGUUUUAGCCAUUAGGGCUUACACAGCACAGCAGAUAGCAAAUCCCUAGCAGUGUUAAACCCUGAACCCGUCUUGGGUUUCUUCGACUCAUUCCGCCCACCAUGUCUGCUGCUUCAAUCGUCUCGCGCUCCGUCCUACUCCGGCGGGCCGCCGUCAACCCUUUCCUCGCUCGCUCCUUCUCUUCCGUUGCGUCUUCCUCUCACCGGUCUCACCCCCUCUUCCGCUCUCUCCGACCCCUAGCCGCCGUCGCCUACUUCCCUACCUUCAACUCCGCCUCCGCCUCGGUUCGCUGUCUGGCUACCCGGACGACUUCGUCCUCGCUUAACGAUCCCAGCCCUAACUGGUCCAACAGGCCCCCGAAGGAGACGAUUCUGUUAGAUGGCUGCGAUUUCGAGCACUGGCUCGUGGUGAUGGAGAAGCCGGAGGGGGACCCUACUAGGGAUGAUAUCAUCGACAGCUACAUCAAAACCCUAGCUCAGGUCGUUGGCAGCGAGGAAGAAGCUAGAAUGAAAAUCUACUCUGUUUCAACCAGACACUAUUUUGCAUUUGGGGCUCUGGUCUCCGAGGAACUUUCGUACAAGUUGAAAGAGCUGCCACGAGUGCGUUGGGUUCUCCCAGAUUCGUAUUUGGAUGUGAAGAAUAAAGACUAUGGAGGGGAGCCAUUCAUCAAUGGACAAGCUGUCCCCUAUGACCCUAAGUAUCAUGAGGAAUGGGUGAGAAAUAAUGCAAGGGCCAACGAGAGGAAUCGCCGCAAUGACAGACCACGCAACUUUGACAGGUCAAGGAACUUUGAUAGGAGAAGGGAGAAUGUUGCGCAAAAUCGGGAUUUCCAGAACCAACAGGCGCCUCCUCCUGCUAUGGGUGGUCAAGGCAUGCAGAAUAUGGGUAGCCAAGGCAUGCCACAGCUGCCGCCACAGUAUCCUCAACAUAACAUGACAGGUCCAGGUGGUCCUCCACCACCGAACAACCAAAUGGCCCCUCCUCCACAUAACAUGGGAGGGCCAGGUGGUCCUCCACCGCCGAACAACCGAAUGGGGUCUCCUUUGCCGCCGCAAAACAACCAAAUGGGAGGAUGGCCUCAGAACAAUGUGGGAGGACACGGUAUGCCACCACCUCCACACAACCCCAUGGGUGGAGCUCCGCAGAAUACUUACGGCGGGAUGCCACAGACGAAUGCUGGAAGGAUUCCUCCGCCAAACAAUCCUGGAUGGUCGAAUGGGGGCCAGGGGAACUUUCAGGGUGGAAUGCCACGCAACAAUGCAGGUCCUCCUUACCAGGGUGAGCAACCAAACUACAACCCUGAUGGCUAUCCUCCAAACAGAGAUGGGAGCGGCCCUCGCUACUGAACUUCAAACUGAGUUUUGGCUGAAAACAAUUAUGUAGAGUGAGGCUAUGAUGUUUAAGACUGUUAGUAAGGUGUCCUCAGCACCACGCUGCUGAACCGUUACUCCCCCAUCCCUUUCUCCUACUUGGUACGUGUGAACAUUUGGCUGAUGUGUUAUUUAGGGUUGUUUAAUAACGUUGGUAUGUUCAUGAAGAGCAAUAGUUACCGUAUUUGUUCUUAAGAGGGUGGAUAUUUAUUAUUGGUUGCUCUUAGGUCCUUUGAAGUACCAUUAGUGUUUAUUUUCCACUUCUCAGUGGACUGAAUUGUUGGUCACUUGAUACGGCUCACACCGUUUCUACAGAAGCCCAAUUUAGCCUCUAAUCCUCUAAUGAUGACCUAGACAUGAUGACCUUGACACAGUGGUCUGCUUCUUUGUCUUCCAAGUCAAGAGUGAACUUCCAAGGAAAGUACAAUAGCUAGGUGUUGACCUCCUAGUGUCAGGGCAGCUUGCCCAAUCCGAAU